CAUACAGAAACAAGAAUUAUAAGUUAUAAUUUAUAACAAAAAACCAUCGAAUAAAAAAGUGAACUCAUUUAUUCACUCUUAGAAACCCACCAUUAAAAUAAUAAUACCAAGCCAUCCUCAUAUGUAAAUAUAUGACUCUACCGAAGUGGUAUUAAUAAAUAAAUAAUACCGCAUAGUAAGAGCUCGGUAGUAAAGUUUUACCAAAUUCUUACCUAGCAGUACAAUAAUUUCUGCCUGACAUUUAAUUCAAAUUCCUAACAGUGUGCAUAUGUAAUACAGAGUGUCGUAGUAUUUACCAUGCAUACCCGAUUUUCCGAAAUAUGUACCGUUAUACUUUCCAUCAUUGUGGUCAACGCAAGACCAAAAGGAACCAACAAUUCAAAAAUGAUUGAAAUUACGGGCACGAGAUACGAGUACUCUCCUGCUGAAUACGACAUUUCCAAGUGCAAUCCUACCAUUGACCUAGACUUUGUAAAAAUGCUAAAGACGAAUGGAAAUUGCGUCAAUAUUUAUCCAAGCUCUAAUUGUACCGGAUGGUUCAUUCGGUUUGCUUAUCGUGAUUCCUAUAUUCGCUUUCCCAAAACGUAUCGCUGGGUUGGGGACGAAGUUAUGCCUCGUGGGCUGGAGAUUGGCUCUGUUGGACCUUGUUUUGAUAAAUGUGACGUAAGAAAUUGGUACGGUGACCGGAAACAGGAACCCGCCCAUGUCACGUUGUAUGGCGAACGGGAUUUCAGAGGUAACUCCACGAGUAUCAGUAUCGACGGAGACGGAUGUUUCUUAAUCCCACUGGGGUUCGGAACAUGGAUUCACUCCAUGAAAAUAACCGGCGAUGAAAACUCGUGCAUCGAACUUCACGAUGUGGCCAGUUGUGGUGGAAAAUUCACCCAGUUUCGCCCUGAUUAUCCCGAGUUGCAGAAUUUGUUUGGCUGGGUAUUAGAGGACAAGGAUACGUUUGCGUCGCUUGUAAAGGCAAUAUCGAGGUGUGGACAGUUCUGUAAUAAAUCUGUGCCCGACAUCAACCCUAAAAGUGUGGCGCCGAUUUGGGGGAAAAACAUAGUGACGCUUUACAAAUACCAGGGUCAUUAUGGCCAUUCCGUCAAUCUUAAUCUUACCAAUGGCUGCGUCUCUUUGGCCAACGAACGGCAGUAUGCAGUCGUCCAAACGUACGGACAAUGUGUUGUCUUGUACGGACUGGCGAACUGUGAAGAAAAACAGGGUUUUUAUACCCUCCAAACUAGGAAACUUAUCUACCUUACGAUUCCCGUUUAUCCGAAAUCCAUGAAGUUGUGUGGUGACGAUGACGAACAAGUGGAAUUAGUGGACGAAGAAAAGUUUGGACUGGAGAAUACGUCAUCCCAUGUCUCGAUACCGAUUUGGGCAGUGAUUCUGUUCUGUGUAGGGGCCUUGUUUGUUCUCGUCUUCACUGCGGUGAGGGGAGCAUGUGUUUAUAAAAGUUAUGCAAAUAUUGACAAUAAAAGACAAGUGGAACGAUUAAGUGUCGCGUACAAAUCGGAUGCAUGAGGUUUCUUUGUCUUGAAACUGGGAAAAGAAUUUGCAUGAGAAUGAGAAGUGUACGAAUAAUGAUUAUAAUUUGAUUUAUUAGGUAUAGCUAAGGGGCCGUUCAUAAAUUAUGUAAGGCGCGACGGAUGGGGGACUAAGGUGUCAAUAAUAAAUAUCCUGCCUAUUUUAAUGGAGGGUCCAGAAAAUCAUGAUUUUUACUCUACAUAAUUUAUGAAUGGCCCCUAAGUGUCGAUAAGUAAUCUGGCAAAAUAUCGCCCGUGGAGUGGGACAGGUGAAUGUAUGUAUACUAUUAAACUUGUUACCGACCCAUAAUAAAUUUGUUACCACGCUUGUAAUAAACAAUUUUAUUUGUAUUUAAUUACGUAUUUAUUACGUAAAUUACGUAAAUUCCAU